AUGUCUGCGGACCUCUUUGCCCAGUUUGGCCCGUUCUCCGGCGGCAAUCCCCCGGCAAACCAGCAGCAGGGUCAAGGCCAGACGCAGGCGCAGACGCAGACGCACACUGGCCCAGCGGCCCAGAAAUCCGAUGACCCGUUUGCCUUGCUCAGCACGGCGUUUUCGCAGCCAUCUUCGUCACCAGUACCGCAACAACAACCACAAGCACCCGUCUCCCAAUCCAAUACACCGCGGCCGCAGCAAUGGUCUUUUGGAGCACCACUGCAGCCGACCCAGCCGGCAUUAAACUGGGGCAGCAGUGGCGCGGGCGCGUGGGGUGCGCCGGUAACCUCAGGAGCUCCGGCAGGUGAGGACGACGAGGAUGACGAUACCUGGGGUGACUUUGAGGAAGCUUCGACAGCAACAGAAGCAGGUCCACCACCGGUGGUAGCCCCGCCGACGUAUCAGGCAAGCCAGCCAGCUGCUCCUCCGUCCCAGCCCCAGGAACCGGCACGAACGCGUAUCGUCCGGGCGUCGACAAUGGACCUCAUCUCAAAUACACUCGUUAAUUUCGGCGAUGCGCCAGUUACCAAGUCUCAACCGCCCGUAGCAGAACCGGCUACAAGUCCGCAGCCUCCGCCGCGUGAUCCUUGGCGGAACCCCGUCCCGGUGCCCGCGCCAAAGGCGAAGCCGAAGCCAAACAAACUGGCCGAUCCGAAUGUCUUGUUCGAUGCUGACGACUUUGAUGUGGAUGCUAGUUUUGAUAGUGAUGAGGAUUAUGAGGAUGAUGAAUUUGGAGACUUUGAAACGGGUCAUGCCUCGCCACCGCGGCCAGCAAUGGCCACCUCAAGCCAUUUCUCGUCUCGCCCACCCGCUUCAUCACGAUCUUCAGCUACGCAACAAGCAGCGACACCAGCUUCAGGUACGGCACUCGUCGAUCUCUUGUCUCUGGACGAACCUGGACCUGCUGUGAUGUCAUCUUCGCUCCCUGUUUCUCAGCCGCACGGCACGUCUACACAAAACCGAUCAGCUGCCAACCUUUUAUCACCACUCAGCUUUGGUAGCACGUCCAUGACAGCUCAAGCCAACCCACAAGCACCCAAAUCACCUUCUUUUCAAGAGCGAAACCCCUUCCCUGGCCUCGCCGUUACAACUCCCGUCUCGGCUGAGUUUCCUUCGGAAACGGUCAAGAAUCGCACACCAUCGCCUGUGACCGCCUGGCCGAGCUUGGACGCACCUGCGACCUCAGCAGCGGCCAGAAAAAAGAGUGCUCCGCCGCCAACAGAAGACGCCGAUUGGGAUGCUUGGGGCGUUGAAGGCCCUGCACCUUCACAAGCAGAGCCCGGUCAAACGAAGAAGCUACCGGCUCCGACAAAAACACAGCCAAAGCCCCAAACGAAGAAGACGACCGCGGUUCCUAAGCCAACGCCAGUGACGUCCGAUUGGGAUUGGGAUGCUGAGGAGCCAACCCAAGAACCUGACCCGACAACAUCGACAGCACAGCUUCCACCGGCCAUUGCCAAUGCCGCAGCACCCAGUACGAUAUCCGAUAAGACGCCACCGCCGACGAACGUUCCUCCGCCAUCCGUGCUGCUUUCCUUAUUCCCAACACUGAUGGCUCUCCCGGAUGAGGCACUAUUUAAGCCAAUAUCUGCACAGCCAGUGGAGAUUCGAAACCGCGUUAUAGGCGACCCUAAGACCAUCGCCUUCCUGCGCAACUACCUGCAAAUUAUUGUCGUAGCUGGCCGUGUCGUUGCUGGCCGGAAACAGCGCUGGCACCGCGACAAGUUUCUCUCCCAGAGCAUGUCCAUCUCAGCUGCAGGCAGCAGCAAAGGUGGCGGCAUGAAGCUCGCUGGCCUGGACAAGGCACAGGGCCAGCGCGAAGAUCGCGAGGCUGCUGAUGUAGUUGCUGCUUGGCGCCGCCACGUCGGCAAGCUGCGCAGUACCGUGGCCACGGCCAAUGCGGCCCUGGUAGCGGCCGAGGCGGCCGAUCAUAAACAUUACCCUCCUCUCAAGAUCCCGGAGCUGCAGAGUGCCACCAUCCCUGUUACCAUCGCCAAAAAGGUGCCCACGUCCACCAAGCCGUGUGUCAUCUGCGGUCUCAAGCGCGAUGAGCGCGUGCGUGGUAUCGAUGGCGACGAUGUCGAUGAUAUUUUCAGCGAAUGGUGGGUGGAGCACUGGGGCCAUCGCGUGUGUAAGAACUUUUGGGCAGAACACGAGGCUGCACUACGUUCACGGUAG